AUGUCGCUGCUCAACCUGUCAUGGCUGGGACUCUGGCCUGGAGCAGCCUCUGCAUGGCUGCUCCUGCUGCUGGCUGGGACCUCCUGGCUCCUGGCCCGUGUCCUGGCCUGGACCUAUACCUUCUAUGACAACUGCUGCCGCCUCCGAUGUUUCCCACAGCCCCCAAAGCGAAACUGGUUUUGGGGUCACCUAGGCCUGGUCCAGAGCAAUGAGGAGGGCUUGCGACUGUUGGAGGACCUGGGCCACUUCUUCCGUGACAUCCACCUCUGGUGGGUCGGGCCCUUCUACCCCAUCCUGCGGCUUGUCCACCCUAAGUUUAUUGCUCCCCUGCUCCAGGCCCCAGCCACCGUUGCUCCCAAGGACAUGUUUUUCUACAGCUUCCUGAAGCCCUGGUUGGGGGAUGGGCUCCUGCUGAGUGGUGGUGACAAGUGGAACCGCCACCGCCGCCUGCUGACACCCGCCUUCCACUUUGAAAUCCUGAAGCCCUACAUGAAGAUCUUCAAUGACAGCACGGACAUCAUGCACGCCAAGUGGCAGCGCCUGGCCUCAGAGGGCAGCAUCCGUCUGGACAUGUUUGAGCAUAUCAGCCUCAUGACCCUGGACAGUCUGCAGAAAUGUGUCUUCAGCUUUGACAGCCACUGCCAGGAACGUCCCAGCGAAUAUAUUGCUGCCAUCUUGGAGCUCAGUGCCCUAGUGGUGAAACGGCACCUUCAAAUCUUUCUGCACAUGGACUUCCUGUACCACCUCACUCCCGACGGGCGGCGCUUCCGCAGGGCCUGUGACCUGGUGCAUGAGUUCACAGACGCCGUGAUCCAGGAGCGGCGCCAUACCCUCACCACUCAGGGUGCUGAUUACUUCCUCAAGGCCAAAGCCAAGGCCAAGACUUUGGACUUUAUUGACGUGCUCCUGCUGGCCAAGGAUGAAGAUGGGAAGGAGUUGUCAGAUGAGGACAUCCGAGCAGAAGCCGACACCUUCAUGUUUGAGGGUCAUGACACCACAGCCAGUGGCCUCUCCUGGGUCCUGUAUAACCUCGCCAAGCACCCAGAAUACCAGGAGCGCUGCAGGCAGGAGGUGCAAGAGCUCCUGAGGGACCGCAGGCCAGAGGAAAUUGAAUGGGAUGAUCUGGCCAAGCUGCCUUUCCUGACCAUGUGCAUCAGGGAGAGUCUGCGGAUGCAUCCCCCGGUCACCGUCAUCUCCCGCUGCUGUACCCAGGAUGUCGUGCUCCCUGAUGGCCGGGUCAUCCCCAAAGGGAACAUCUGUGUCAUCAGCAUCUUCGGGAUUCAUCACAACCCAUCAGUCUGGCCUGAGCCAGAGGUAUACAACCCCUUCCGCUUUGACCCAGAAAACCCCCAGAAGAGGUCACCGCUGGCUUUUAUUCCUUUUUCGGCGGGGCCCAGGAACUGCAUAGGGCAGACCUUCGCCAUGACCGAGAUGAAGGUGGUCCUGGCGCUCACCCUGCUGCGCUUCCGCGUCCUGCCGGACGACACCGAGCCGCGGAGAAAGCCGGAGCUGAUCCUGCGCGCUGAAGACGGGCUGUGGCUGCGCGUGGAGCCACUGGGCGUGGGCCUGCAGUGA